AUGUCAAUCAAUGUUCAGAUGAGUCCUAACUCUCCUAGUGCAAUACCUGUUGGUACAAAACCACGUAAGAAGGUAGAGAAGAUCGUUGAACUCAUUGAAAUAGAUGGUAAAAAGGUCAGCAAAACGGCUACAGGAAAGAGGAAGUUUCACAAGAAGUCGAAGAAUGGAUGCGAUAAUUGUAAAAGAAGACGAGUAAAAUGCGAUGAGAAUAAGCCAUGUUGCCAGAAGUGUUUUAAGAUGAAGUUGCAUUGUAUAUACACUCCAGCGAAGCCAAGAAGGAAAAAGAACAAGGAUGUUGAAACAGUAAUCAAGUAUAUAACGACCACAAUUAACAACGAAAAUGGGGAAAAAGGAUGCAACAAAUUAGUCCAAACAGGGACUGGAACUAUUAGAUCUGAAUCUUCACCCGCUAUAAACAGUACAGGCAACAAUUCAAAUGUCGCUCGGGAAAUUACUUUAUCCUUACCGUUAUGUUCAAGUUUCAACGCUCAACAGAUACAACAGCAGAUACAACAACAACCGCAGCUAUUACCGCAGUUGAUGACUUUAACUAAUUCCGAAAAAUUUGCAUCUUUCGAAAUUCCCAACAGUCCAACUCCAGUUCAGUGCGCAAGUAUGAAUGUUACAAACAGUAUUAGUACGAUGUUUUCAAAUAACAAGAUUACCUCGAAUCUUGCACAGCAGUUAGCCCAGUCUCCUAAUCAAAUAGAUUUGACUUCCUCGCUACCAAAAAAUAUAAUUAAUUUGAGACAAUCUGCUCCUUUCCCAACGGCUGGCAUAGGUGGUAUUACCUACGAUUUCCAAGAACUGUUAGGAAUGAAGUCAUUAAAUGGGAAAGAACAAGACUUACCCCAACAACAGCAGGUUCAGCAACAGUCACAGCCGCAAGCUUCUGAUACUUCAAUAUCUGGAACUAUACAUACUGUUGCCCAAUCAUCCAUAGCGCCUGACUCACGAGUCAGAUCCUCAGACAUCGUGCUCGACCAACAGCAACAUCAGCAGCAGCAUGAGUCGCUUGAAAAGUCAUCAGUAAAACGGCAGAGGCAAGAUGAACAACAGCAGCAACAGCAACAGCACUCGCAGCAGCAGCAGCAACAACAACAACAAGUUCAUCAACAGCAGCAACAAGAACAGGAACAACAACAAGAGAAGCAGCAGCAGCCUAAUCAAUCACAUAAACAGAAGCUUCUAUCAAUACAGGUUCGGGAAACUAUCAAAUCUCAUUCCGUGUCACAGCACGACAAUAGUGAGGCAGCUGCAGUUCUUGCUAAUCUUCAUACUGGAGCGGGCGCUCCAAAUUUAACCAACAACCCCUCGAUUUCUCCGAUAGGCCCUAUAUCACCAAUAUGCAAAGUAGAUUCCCACAAUUCAGGGUCUGCUUCGAGAAAUACAGAAGUAUCAACCGGUUCUCAGGUGGAUUCUAGACCUACAGUUGCUCAAGUUGCUACCACCAAUAAAGAUAAUGCGAAACCUGUGGACCAGGAAGAAAAUGAAAUGGCUAUAGAUCCUGGCAAAUCGAAUGAAAGCCCUUUAUCAACGAUGGCAGCUGGAAAAAGCAUACACUCAUUUGCCAAGAUCGUUGAAUUUACGGAAAGCAGUAGUUUAAACCUAGUGGAUUUACGACUGUUUCACCAUUAUUGCACUCAGGUUUGGCCCACAAUCAUAUCUGCAGGAAUCAGCGAGCGCCACAUAUGGUCCGAUCAUAUCCCAGACCUUGCAUUCCAGUACCCAUUCUUAAUGCAUGCCCUAUUAGCGUUCAGUGCAACGCACCUCUCUCGUACGGAGAGUGGGUUGGAGCCCUUCGUAGCGUUGCAUCGCUUGGAAUCCCUAAAGCUAUUACGUGAAGCUGUGCUACAGAUUUGCGAGGAAAACACCGACGCCCUAGUCGCCAGCGCAUUGAUAUUAAUAAUGGACUCAUUAGCGAACGCUGCCUCCCCAAACCCAGCAAUAUCCAACGGAGACAUCUCCACCUCGGCUUGGAUUUUUCACGUCAAAGGCGCAGCCACCAUACUAACAGCGGUCUGGCCCUUGACCCAAAAUUCCCGUUUCUACAACCUGAUUAACGUCGACCUGAGCGAUCUCGGCGACAUUAUCAAUAGCGAAGACGGAACCAUCAGCGAACUCGUCUGUUUCGAUGAUAGCAUUGCUGACCUGUACCCGGUAGAAAUUGACUCCCCCUACCUCAUCACGCUAGCAUAUUUAGACAAACUCCACCAGGAAAAGGAUAGAUCUGGAUUCAUACUGAGGGUUUUCGCAUUCCCAGCGUUGUUGGACAAAACCUUUUUAGCUCUACUCAUGACGGGCGAUCUCGGCGCCAUGCGAAUCAUGAGAAGCUACUACAAACUAUUACAUAGCUACGCUGCAGAGGUGAAGGACAAGGUAUGGUUCCUCGAAGGCAUGACCCAGGUCUUGCCAGAGGAUGUUGAGGAGUACAGCGGCGGCGGCGGCAUGCAUAUGAUGUUAGACUUCCUUGGAGGAGGGUUACCCUCCAUGACCACUACAAACUUCACAGAAUUCGUAUAG